GACCCAUCAUUAGAGCUGAGGUUGGUGAGAGGAUUCAAGUUGUGUUUAAAAACAAUGCCAGGAGGCCAUAUUCUAUUCAUGCCCAUGGAGUGAAGGCCAGUAAAACCCAUCAGGACGGUGUUCAACCAGGUCAUAUACUGACAUACAACUGGACCAUUCCAAAACGAUCAGGUCCGGGUCCCAGUGAUCCAAACUGUAUAACGUUUGCCUACUACUCCUCUGUCAGCUUAGUUGAGGACUUGAUGAGUGGUUUGGUGGGUCCACUGAUAGUGUGCCGCAAAAACACCCUGAACAGCGACAGACGUAGAAAAGACAUUGAUAAAGAGUUUGCCCUCCUUUUUAUGGUGUUUGAUGAAAAUGAGUCCCACUACCUGGAUGAAAACAUAAAAACUUACCUCAAAGCAGACCCAGAAAACUUUGACAAAUAUGAUGGGGACUUUAUGGAGAGCAACAAAAUGCAUG